UCUCUCUCUCUCAAGUAAUUCUCUGCUCGUUAGAUUCAGAUCUGAAACACCGCUGCGAACCGACGCGAUUCCAAUUCAAUUUGUGAGGAGAAGGAGAAGGAGAUGGCGAACGUGUCCCCUCUUGCCAAGUACAAGCUCGUCUUCCUCGGGGAUCAAUCGGUCGGCAAGACGAGCAUCAUCACUCGCUUCAUGUACGACAAGUUCGACACCACUUACCAGGCCACCAUUGGAAUCGAUUUUUUGUCAAAGACCAUGUAUCUUGAGGAUCGGACAGUGCGAUUGCAGCUUUGGGAUACUGCUGGACAGGAGAGAUUCCGUAGUCUCAUCCCAAGUUACAUAAGAGAUUCAUCUGUUGCAGUUAUCGUGUAUGAUGUAGCCAAUAGGCAAUCCUUUCUGAACACUUCCAAGUGGAUUGAGGAAGUUCGGACUGAAAGAGGGAGCGAUGUAAUUAUCGUCCUUGUUGGGAACAAAACUGAUCUUGUUGAUAAGAGGCAAGUGUCGAUAGAGGACGGAGAUGCCAAAUCCCGUGAGUUUGGAGUUAUGUUCAUUGAAACCAGUGCAAAAGCAGGAUUUAAUAUUAAGCCACUCUUCCGAAAAAUCGCUGCAGCCUUGCCGGGGAUGGAGACACUUAACUCUACAAAGCAGGAAGACAUGGUUGAUGUAAAUCUGAAGCCCACCGUAAAUUCUUCCCAGAAUGAGAAUCAAGGAGGAGGUUGCCCUUGCUAAGUGCACUUCUGUUCUUACUAGAAGGCAGCUCACAGAUUUUCUUCGUUUUGUUUUUUUCCUUUUUCAUUCCAAUUUUUAUGUCAUUGUUUUCAUGUUCUCCCGACCUCUUUUCUUUUUUUUUUGGUCUAAAUUCUCCCUACCUUACUUGGUCCAUGAUGAAAGCGAUCUAGACAACAGGUGAGAUUCAAUAGGAAAUGGCAAAUCUUGCUUUGCUUAUGCUUGUACAAGUGAGCUUAGUCAGAUGAAGUGCAAUCUCAUUUUUGUUCUGUACGCGUUGAUUGCAACUGAAUCAUUAAAUUCCAA